AUGAAGAUUAAAGCUCUGUCUUUUAAUGGCGGUACUUCUAUCGUCAUUUUCAAUCAGUUAUUCACUUCCAUUUCCAAAUUGAAACGCCUUCAUCCUCAUUCCACCAUUAUUUCUCUUUCCAGUCACCUUCAAUUACUUGGUAUUCAAUUUGAGAGGCAUUCCUUUGGUAUUCUUGCUAAUUGCUACUGUCAUUUAGGCCGCGUUGAUUUCGGGUUUUCUAUAAUGGCUAAAUCCCUUAAACUUGGUUAUCCCCCAAAUGAUUAUAUCAUUAAUGAUAAGCUCCCUCAAGCUGAUCAAUUGUUGAAUAAGAUUGUUAAGCUUGGCUUCCAACCCGAUGUAGCUACAUAUGGUGCUAUUUUCAAAGGCCUUUGUAGAAUUGGUGACAAUGCCAGUGCUCUCACUUUGCUUGCCAAAAUGCAGUCUGCUUCUCAUUGUAAGCCUGGUCUUGUUAUAUAUAACACUAUUAUUGAUAGUCUAUGUAAGGACAGGCUAUUACAACAAGCUAUGGACUUGUUCUCCGCUAUGAAAGCCGAGGGCAUUCAACCUGGCGUAGUCACCUAUAAUACUUUGAUUCGAGGCCACUACAAUUCUGGAUGCAGGGAAGAGGCUAAGGAUUUGUUGACUGAGAUGUUAAAGACCAACAUAUCACCUAAUGUUGCAACCUACAGCAUGCUUGUUGACAUGUUUUGUAAAGAUGGUAAUGUUGAGGAAGCACAAGCCACAAUGCAGCUCAUGACUCACAAAGGUGUAGCUCCUGACAUCAUUACUUACAAUGCCUUACUUGAUGGUUAUUGUUUGCGUGGUCAGAUGAGAGAUGCAAAAAAGAUACUUGAUAUCAUGGCCCAAAAAGGUUGUGAGCCUGAUCUAGUAAGUUUUAGUACUAUGAUCAAUGGAUAUGUCAAGCUCAAAAACGUUGACAAGGCUCUUACUGUAUUACAAAAUAUGUUUCAGAAAGGGAUAACACCGACCGUUGUAACCUAUUGCACUCUUAUUGUUGGCUUGUGUAAAGCCAAUAGACUUACACUUGCACGCCAGUUGUUCACAGAUAUGCAAGUUCACGGAGUUACUCCUGAUGUUGUCACGUACAGUUCAUUGCUUGAUGGCCUAUGUAAAAGUAAACAGCUUGAUGAGGCAGUGGCAUUACUCGAAGAUAUGGAAGAUAAAGGUAUUAAGCCUGAUACUGUCACUUACAACAUCCUUAUGGACAGCUUGUGUGAGGCUGGACAAUCAAAAGAUGCAGCGAAAUUCUUCUCUGAUCUUGUAUCCAAGGGUCUGCAACCUAAUUGUAGAACAUACACUAUAAUGAUUAAAGGCUUAUGCAAGGAAGGGCUCAUGAGUGAAGCUGCUCAAGUACUAAGCAAGAUGGAGGAAGAUGGUAGCUUUCCCAAUGGUUGUACUUAUAAUACAAUCAUCCGGGGAUAUAUUCACAAUAAUGACAUGUCAAAUGCAUUUUACUAUCGCGACAUUAUGCUGAGCAAAGGAUUUGAAGCUGAUGCUGAAACUUUUUUCGUUGUUUGUUAG